AGGUAAUCAGUUAAACUGAAAGGCGAUUAGGAGUGGGUUAUUCCACCUUUCGUUUCAAGUGUAAGGACAGUACCAACAGUAUUUGUAGUUGAUCGCGAGUGAAGAGAAGUCACCAAACACGACAAACUCUAAGUACUGUUUUAAUCUUAAUCCCCGGAAUUGAUACCUAUGGAAGAUCAAGUUAAUUGUGAUUCAGAUGUAAAAUGUUUCCCCGCGGUUAAGAUCUUACGAAUUCUUAUGUUGAUCACUGGAGGUACCCCUUGUAUGAAGGAACGUGACGGUUCUUUAGCUCCAGCAGAUCAUGGCGAAUUUACCACGUUCAUUAAGAGAAAUCCACUAAUGCAUGAUAGGCAGAGGCACCAACAACUUGGAUUAAGCGAAGACGAACUUGUGCUGCCAGGAGCACCUAUAAUAUACAGAAUAGUGGAAUAUCCGACAUUGUUAGAUUCUAGUAACAUUGAGUUUCAAGAUUGGAACCGAAUUGCUCUAGAUAUCCAAGAAAAUUACGACAGAUUUGAUGGAUUCGUUAUUAUACACGGAACAGAUACUCUUGCAUAUACAGGAGCAGCCUUAACUUUCGCCCUGGCGAAUCUUGGAAAGCCCGUUGUUCUAACUGGGUCUCAAUUGCCGAUUUUUGAAUCCAGGACAGAUGCUGUAAUAAAUAUAAUAGAUGCACUUAAAGUUGCUGAGACAUUCCCGGAUCUGCAAAAAGUUGUUGUCGUUUUCAACAGGCAAAUGUUUCUAGCAAGUCGAAUUGUAAAGGUUAACAACGAAGACUUCCGAGCUUUUUCUUCACCGAACCUGGGACCCUUGGCCGAUUUGAACACGAGUGUAAGAAAUAGUCUUCGUAGUAACAAUGACGGUCUGAAUAGGAGAACUGGUGGAUUUAGAAUUCAUUUAUAUAACGAGUCAAAGAUCAGCGUUCUUUAUUUGACUCCCGGGAUACCACGUGAGAUUGUUGAAGCUGCGGUAGCUCCUCCUAUGAAAGGAGUUAUACUCGUUUCCUUUGGCAAUGGGAAUAUUCCCUCAAAUCGUGAAGAUAUUACAGAUGCGUUAGCGGAAGCAGUUAAUCGAGAAGUUCUGAUUGUAAACGUUACUCAAUGUCUCCAAGGUUCGGUUUCCGAUAUCUAUGAAACAGGUGCAGUUUUGGGAACUGCUGGAGUUGUGAGUGGAUCUGAUAUGACUAUUCCGGCGGCCUAUGCAAAGGUGGCAUUCGUUUUGGGGAUUGCACGCUCAUACGAGGAGAUGAAACAGAUGAUUCAAGAAGAUUUGAGAGGAGAACUAACCACACAGACAAUAAGCUGAGAAGCAGGCCUUAUGAAUGAGGGUGGAAGUGUAAAGGAAGGUCUUCCAUGCAUCCUGAAUAGAGAUUUUACUGAAGGAUAAUAGAAUUGACCGCAUAUGUCUGCAUCUAUAUACACACAUUUAUAUCUAUAUAUCUAUAAUUAUAUAUCUUUAUAAAUUUAUCAAAUAAACAUGU